UCGAGAUCUUCUCCUGACUCCUCCAACUGUCCCCCAACUUGCCAUCAUACAAUUGCGCCAUUUUAUUUAACACUGCACCAGUUACUGCACCAUUUGAAGCUGGUUCUCCGAUAACAGGUUCUUCUUCAUCCCCUCAUUCAGUCUCGAGGCACUGUUUUUGACCGUUAUCUAUUCGCAAGAUGAAGUUUAAUUCAAUCACUGUAAUCUUUCUCGCUGCCGCAACCGGACCCGCAGUCGCAGGCCCCAUUGGGUACGCUAUAUGUCAAACAGGUAAGGUCAACCAGCGUGAUCAUUGCGAGUACUGCUGUCUCAACUCGUUGAGUAGGCUGCAACGGCAUCGCUGUGGCCUGUUACGCCGGGGCGGGGUUUACGUUCGGCGUCGCACCGCCUGCUGCCCCUCCCGCAAUAAUUGCGUGCAAUGCAGCCCUUGGGGCGUGUAUGGCAGCUUGCGCCGUAGUCGCGCUUGGACCCACUCCCUGAGUGAGUGAGUCCCAUCGUGAAUGCGGCGACGAGAACGAACAUGUCCGAGGCUCAGGGUCUAGUGUAAUAUUAGUGUAUUCUUUUUCAUAUCGUGCAUCGGUCUUGUGUGAGUGAAAUCACACAUAGUAGUACUGUGUCGGAAAUGCGUUCAACCCCUGUAUAAGCAUCAGUAUGGAUGCACGCUGACAUCCC